AUGAAGGUCAACGCCAUCCUCUCCGCCGCCGCCCUCGCCGGCUCCGUCUCCGGCCUCGCCCUCCGCCAGACCACCCCCAUCUGGCAGACCCUUCCCGCGACCCCGGACCUCCCCACCCCCAUCAGCACCACCACGGUCCCCAUCAACGGCAUCAAGAUGUGGUACCAGAAGUACAACGAGAAGGCCGGCGCCGUCCCCAUCGUCAUGGACCACGGCGGCCUCGGCUACUCCGCCUACUUCGGCGCCGUCAUCUCCCGCCUCGUCGCCAACGGCCACUACGUCAUCGCCCUCGACCGCCGCGGCCACGGCCGCACCACCUACAACAAGGACGACGUCUUCACCUACGACCAGAUGGCCAAGGACAUCCAGGCCUUGCUGACCGAGGCCGGCGUCAGCACCUACAACGUCGUGGGUUGGUCCGAUGGCGGCAUCACCACCCUCGCCGCCCUCAUCGACGCUACCCUCACCAAGCCCAUCAACAAGGCUUUUGUGUUUGGCGCCUCCGCCAAGCCCGACCAGACCAACGCCACCUUCAGCGACACCGCCGUCUUCACCGAGCUCGUCUCCCGCUGCAGGACCGAGUACGGCACCCUCCAGCCCGGCGCCAACUUCACCGAGUUCGCCACCAAGGUCUCCGUCAUGGAGGGCACCCUGCCGCAGUUCACCGACGCCCAGCUCGGCGGCAUCGACGGCGCAAAGGUCAUGAUCGCCGGCGCCGAACACGAGGAGGCCGUCAACCUCGACGUCCCCGGCAUCCUUAACAAGGCUAUCCCCGGCAGCAAGAUGACCAUCCUCACCGGCGUCAGCCACUUCGCGCCCCUCCAGGACCCCGACCAGUUCACCAAGGCUGUCGAGGACUUCUUCAAGGCGUAA